AUGGAGGACGGACCAACAGUUGUCCCAGACGAGACGCCGGUCUUUGAUGCUGCCAGACCACAGCGAAUUGUUGAGGAGCUGGAUGCUACAGUGCUAAAAUCCCUGAAAGGAAUAUAUGAGGCCCAUGCUCAAUCUCAGGAGAAAUGGAGCGCAGAACAAACUCAAGUAUUCUCAGAAAAGGUGCAGCAGGAGGAGCCUGGCUCGAGUGGCGCAUCGCAGCUCACAAACGAUAACGGAGGUCUUGAUUUUAAGCAAUUUCUGUCUUACAUGACGUCGCAAGAUGGAGCAGUUAACAAUCGGCCUCCAAAGCAAGAUCUCACGUGGCCCUUGGCCAGUUACUUCAUCAGCUCAAGCCACAACACAUAUCUAACAGGCAACCAACUGUCGAGUCACAGCACGACAGACGCCUACAAGAACGUUCUGCUGAGAGGAUGCCGUUGUGUCGAAAUCGAUGUUUGGGAUGGUGCUGAAUCGGAUGAUGAAAGCGAAACGGCGCACAAAAGCACCACUUUACUUCGCCAAAGCCAAAAGGAACAGUUAGGGAGACGACUCUCAAAGCUGAAGAAGAACCUCCCAGACUCUAUCACAUCCAAACUUGCCAACUCAUCUAUUGAAAAGAAGCUAAAAGCUCAUUUGUAUGAUAAGCAGCAGGGAUCGUCACCAUCGUCUAAAACGGAAUCUUCGGCAGAUGAAGAACCGCCACGGUUGAAACACCGCGCCAGCUCUGCAGAACCGCGAGUCCUACACGGGUACACCCUUACCAAAGAGGUUUCAUUCCGCGAUGUUUGCUCUGCUAUCCGAGACGAUGCCUUCACCGUGUCCGAUCUGCCUCUGAUUAUCAGUCUUGAGGUACAUUGCCGACCGGAGCAGCAACUGUUAAUGGUCAGCAUUAUGAAGGAGGCAUUCAGUGGCUUUCUAGCUCCAGAACUCGAUGUUGACGCAGCUGAGCUACCAAGCCCUGAAUCCUUGAAGCGCAAGAUUCUCAUCAAGGUGAAAUACGCUCGUCCUGAGGCCCUCGCCGAAGCUGAACAGAGUGAAGAUCCUGGUGACAGUGGCGACGAGCGGCUACCUGUCGCAGGUGAAGGUGACGCUGUACCUGCCAAGCCAAAGAAGGCUGCUAAAAUCAUCGAAGAGCUCUCACGCCUUGGUGUAUACACCAAAGCCAUAUCCUUCAAGACUUGGACACAACCCGAGGCGAAGAUGCCAACUCACAUCUUUUCUCUAGCGGAGAAGAAAUAUCUCGACCAUCGCGAGAAUCAUGGGGAGAGUCUUUUUGAACAUAACCGCAACUAUCUUCUACGUGCUUACCCAUCGGGACUGCGUAUCGGCUCCUCUAAUCUCAACCCUCCGCCUUUCUGGGCUUCUGGCGCACAGAUUGUCGCUCUCAACUGGCAGCAAACAGACGAAGGAAUAAUGCUCAACGAGGCUAUGUUUGGCGAUACGGAUGGCUAUGUUCUCAAGCCCUCCAGUUACCGGCCACUGAAAGCAGGCGUGACAGCUACACCAAUUCAGGCAAAGACCUUGAGUCUGUGCAUCACGAUGAUUGCUGCCCAAGGGAUACCGCUUCCAAAGGGCGACAAAUCCGACAAGGGAUUCAACCCGUACAUCAAAGUCGAAGUUCAUGUGGACGGUAACCCUGGUCAUAUGGCCAGCAAGGGCGGCAAAAUGGCUGUUGACUUCCACGACCGAGAAGUCGAGCAUAAACUUCGCACGCAUACUCACAAAGGCCGCAAUAUUGACCUAAAGGAACAAAAGCUUACUUUCCCAGCUAUCAGUGGCGUUGUGGAAGAGUUGACUUUUGUGCGAUUUACUAUCCGUGAUGACGAAAUUGGUCACGACGAUCUGGCAGCUUGGGCCUGUUUGAGACUGGACAGACUGCGCAGCGGGUACCGAUUUGUGCAUCUCUGGGACAGCCGAAGCAUGAGAUCACAGGGAGCAGUUCUCAUCAAAGUGGAAAAAUCGCUGGCUUAG